UCAAGUCAGUAAAAAAAAAAACUUUAGAUUUCUCAACAUUAAUUUUCCAGCACAAAAUUAAAUGUUACAGAAAAAUGUUUGUAUGUCAGUAGAGAAAGCAGCAUAUUAUGUAAGACACUUUUCAGACAAGAAAACAGAAUGAAGGCUGCAGGGUUUUGCUGCAAAAACAAGAAACAGUUGUGACAGUCAGAGUCUCCAGAAGAACCAUGGCUGGUUCUGCAAGAUGCUCAGUAAAACUUACCAGCUCCUUUCCUUGUAAAUCUGCACAAAUUGUACCGGAGAUUACAAUUUUUUUAAGGAAAGGGUCGUCACACCAAAUAUUUACUUUGGUGAUAUCCAAUUAAAUAUACAAUUAUCAAUAUUAUUUGUGGUUAAUUCUUCUGUAAUAUUUUUAAAUAAUGUACAUUUUCAUGAAUGUAUUUCAUAUAUUUUCACAAGUGGAUGGACAAAACAGUGAUUUUUUCUUAAAUGUUGAAUUAAGAGUAAAAAUAAAACCCCAAACAAUUACUACAGUUUAAGAAAAGACAUGUUAUAGAUGAAGUUUGUUAAACUUGUCUAUUCUACAUGAAGUGUCUUGCAUUAAUCACUGAGUCCUUAAAAAUGAACACUUUAUAAAAAUGAAACUGUAGAUAAUAAUAGGUAGUUUAUGAAUAAACACAUUUUCCUGUUUCUUUCUUUUUUUUCUUUUUUUUCUUUUUUUUUUUCCUUUUUUUUUUUUUUUACUAUCAAAUCAGAAAUCAGUGGCUCGUUUACAGAAUGUCCCUCAAACCAAGUGAAUUUAAUUGUACAUAUUAAUUUGUAUUAAAGAUGACACCAUGCUGGACAGGGUGGAAAACGCAUCAGAGUUUUGACCUUGUGGGCGGAGCCACGUCUGGCUGAGCUCGCUCACGUGCGCGUAUGAAUGAUAUCAUAUAAGAGGAUGCAAUUCAUUACUUUCACCAAUAACACGAGAAAUUAAGGUUUUAUUUUUCUUAUUACUUAUUUUGCUAUGAAUUGGUGAAUAUAUUCAUCUGUAACGUGCGGUUUGAAGGGACGGGGCUUUGUAUAAUCGUUAUUUGAACUCUGGCACGCGGCACAUCGUUUGCGCGGUCGUGCGCGCUCCCGUGUCUAGGCUGGCUGCGCGCACACGUAGUGUGAGUAGUAGAGGGGUCGCUCUCAUCCAGCCGGGUGGGACCACUCACUGUCUGCUGAAGGGCUAUGGAUGCGAGGCGGCUGUCUGGUAAUGGUAAUAUAAUUAGGACACAUUUAAUUUCUCUUUCUUGAACAGUUGUUUUUUCAAUCAGGUGAUGAGUUUAUAAAAGAUAUUAAACAAACCCGGUGUCCGUUUCUAACAGUCUAUUGUGCGCGCGCUUACCUUGUUCAUCAUUUCAGAAGCGAUGGAGGCCGGUGGAGGAGGCGAGCAGGGAGAGGCUCACAGAGUCAAGACUGAGUGCCUGAGACUGACUGAAGAGAGAGAUGAAGCUGAAAGACAGCUUAAGCAUAUUAAGAGAGUCUCCCAAAUGGUAAUUGAGGAGGUGAACGUGCUGCAGACUCAGCUUGAGAUUGAGAAGUCCUGUCGGGAAAAUGCUGAAGCACUGGCCACAAAGCUGAACUGUGAGAACAAGAAGCUCAAGUAUCUGAGCCUGACGUCUCGACCGUGUCUGGAUGAGCUCCUGCCCAGCAUAUCAGAUUGCAUCUCUCUGGAGGAGGAGGGUGAUCCACAGGAGCACAGCCCAGACCCCUACACUCAGUACCAACAGCAGGUCAAAGAUCUUCAGGAAACAGUCAACACUUUACUGGAGGAAAAAAAGCAGUUAGUCUGCCAGUUACAGGAUCAGAAAAGACAAAUCGAGGAGCUGACAGCCCUUACUGUAAAAGAGCAAGCAGAGAUGAAGGAGUUUUACAAGACCAUUGAGCAGCAAAGCAAGACCAUCAAGAGAUUCAACAGAGUGUCCAUGAUGGCUGCUAAUGAAUAUGAAGAACUGAAGGAACAGUUGGAUCUGGAGCAGAGCCUCAGGGAGAAGGCAGAGACCUAUGCACAUGAGAUGUUGGUGAAGCAAAAAGAAGCUAACAGGCAGAGCAUGAUUCUCCUGCAGCAGGCAGAUCCCAGUGUUCAGCUGCUCAAAGCACUGGAGGAUGUAGCAAAUGUAACCAAAACACUGGAGCAGGAACGUCUGCAGCACCAAGAAAAGCUGAAAGCUUUGGAGGUUGAGCUGGAUCAGAGUGCCUUGCGAAAGCAGCUAGAACAGCUUCAGAAACAGCUGGAGUUACUAGAUGAGGAGAAAAAAGACACAGAAGAACGUCUCCAGCAGGAGGUGAAAAAGUGUGCUGACUUGGAGAGCAGAGUGAAAGAGCUGCAGGAGUCUCAGAGGAAAAGGGAAUUAUCGCUAGCUCCAGCUCCUGGGACGGCACCUCCCCCUGCUCCUCCUCCUCAGCCCCCUCCACCUCCGCCUCCUCCUCCUCCCCCUCCCCCACCACCACCUCCCUCUCGCUGCAACCCCCUCAGCUCCCUCAUCGCAAUCAUGAGGAAAUCUUCCAAGACGGGAAAAGGCUCUCCAAAAUUAGAGCAGGCUCCAGUGCCAGAAGCUGCGGAUGAUGUCAAAGUAAAGGCUGUGAAUGAAAUGAUGGAAAGGAUCAAACAUGGGGUGGUUCUCAGACCUGUGAAAGGACAGGACACAAAGAGAUUUGUUUCAAAGCAAAGUCUAGCUAGUGAGGAGAAGCACCAGGAGAGUGCUAUGGAGGAGCUAAAAGGCAUCCUGGAUGCAGUAAAAAAGAGUCCCAGUCGUGGCUUCCAGGAGACAUUGCCUGUUAAGAAGGACAGUGAACUGGAAGUGAUUCUCAGGAGGAGACGCAAGCAGGCCUGUGAACCAGCUUCAGCAGAUGAGGUGGAAGGUCAGAUCAGCAAAGUGUCUUCAUUUGAUAGUCUGAAUGGCCGGCACAGUUCAGACUCGGGAAAAGACACGGACAGGCCGAGCAGCAGCUCUCUCUCAGGGAGUGAUUCCAGCCCCAGGAGCAGUGCUGAUUUGGGCACAGAACCAAAUGGAAGCAAGCAAAAUGCUGCUGUGUGUACAUCUCUCUCAGAGAAAGAGCACUCUGAAUUGGUCAUCAGUGGUUCUUCUGCACGAGAGCUUAAGCAUGAAGAACAGGAGAAAAGUAAACAGCACAUUGGCCUUAGCCACCCAGCGCAGCACGAGGACCCACAGGUGAUUAUCGGCUCCUCAGCAGACAGUACCAACACAGCAAACAGCAGCAUGGAUGCUGAGUGUUAACAGCAACAAACGGCACUAGCAGGACAGCUACAACAUUUGCACAGCAUCUUUUUUUUUUUUUUUUUUUUUUCCCCCCAAUUUAUUUAUUCCAAAGUCCAGAAAUGUUCUUCAGUUCUAGUUACUUACUGUCCACUUUUGGAAUGCAGCAGUAUUUACUUUUUCUUUAUAAAUGUAUUUUGACACUUAAAAGGGAACAGGCUCAAUUAUAAUAUUAUAUAAUAUCCUAUGAUAAUUAUAUUUACAAACUAAGCAUAGCCACAAUGGGUACAAUGAACAACAAGAUUUCAAAAGCAACAUAUGAUUUGCAUUCCUAACCAGUGUCUUUUUAUAGGGAAUGUAAAUUCUCUUGUGAAUUAUUGUUCUGUCUCCAUCAGUAGAGUGUUUGGGGGACAUUUAAGUAAUUUUAAUGCUUUAUGAUGGGUAUAAUUCAUUAUUUGUCUUAAUCUUAUUUUUGGUCACCCAACUAAAACCUCUUCUUUCGGUCACCCAAAUACAGUUUGAUUGGUGCUGAACAAUAUGUCUUAAAGUAAUAUGUUAUGGUUUUGACUGUAAUGAUAUUUUGUGAAACACAGUGAAAGAAACAAAAAAUCACACUGACACAUCUCUGAUAAUAACUGGCUUCUCUGACAGGUUUUAUUAUUAAUAAUAACAUUGCUAUAUUUAAAAAGUGAACAGUAAAGAUCAUUGUUUACGAUGCACAACCUAAAUUCUGAACCAGUCUGAGAACAAUACUGCACAUCGAGGCACUUUUGUUGUCCUUUCUGAGGUUUUUUUUUUUUGUUGUUUUUUUUUUGGAUCUAUACCCUCGAGAUGCAAACUUAAGCCAUGUAAGAGCUCACACUGAUGUGGAUAAGCAUGAAGGAGACAAGUGAAGGUCUGUUCACUCUACCUCCUAUAAGACAAACUCACUUCCUAGCUAUCUUUCAUUGUACAGCUUGUCUACAUCAUAAAAUGUGAACACAAUCAAGGAGUGAAUUGUUUUCCUCUGACGUCUUCCACCUGUCUUGCCCAACUUUUUGCACUGCAAUGGAUGCACUGUUCGCUGGUGCUACGUUUGCUUAAUUAUGCUUUAAUGCAAUUUAAGGGUAGAGCUAGGUGUGUUGAAGUUUGUAGCCUCCACAGACAAUGCAAUAACAUCUGCAAAUUGUAAUGGUGUGCACUGGACCUAAUGCACGUUGAGGCACUUUUUUCCAUCUGAGGCACUGUGGUUCAGUCUGUGAUCCAUCCUCAUAAAAUAGUAAUCCUUGCAAAUUGUUACUAUAUCAGCUGUAAAAUAAUCUGCCUGUAAAAUAAUCAGCUGUAAAAUAAUUUGCCUGCUAGACUUUCAUUUUGUUCCUACACCCAUUGAGAUAUAUAAACAUAUUACAUUUUUUGGAUAAAUUCUUCUGGAAGAAUUAACUGACCUAUUAAUUAUUCAGCACCUUUGGAAUGUUUAUUGGCCUUAUUGUGAACACCAUUUGUUCCUCUUCAGCCUUAUGGGCUUAACUUUGUAGGCUACAAUGAAUUUAGAUUAUCUGAUUGUUGUGAUCAUAUAAUGUGUGUGUGUGUGUGUGUGUGUGUGUGUGUGUGUGUGUGUGUGUGUGUGUGUGUGUGUGUGUGUGUGUGUGUGUGUUUUUAAAAUGAGUGGACCUUUUCAUAUGAAACCAUGUCAUUCUGCUGCACCAUACCUUUUAAACUGGACUGAAUAAAAAUGAAGAUACACUGAAAAGGCUUUUUGAUAUGUGAUGACUAGCAUCAUGGUAAUUGAUGUUAGAUAUGUGCCAGCACCUUUUUUUUUUUACUUAAAAAAAAAAUCAAUAAAUGACUUCAUAAAAUUAUGGCAGUUUGAUAUAGGCCCUUUGGAAAAUAAAAUC